AUGGCGUUGGCGUUCGACGAGUUCGGUCGGCCGUUCAUUAUUGUGAAGGAGCAAGAGCAGAAGACCCGGCUGCGAGGUCUCGAUGCUCAGAAAGCUAACAUUUCCGCCGGCAAGGCUGUUGCUCGUAUCCUCCGGACCUCUCUUGGUCCCAAAGGCAUGGACAAGAUGCUCCAGAGCCCCGACGGCGAAGUGACUAUCACCAAUGAUGGUGCUACAAUCUUGGAGCAGAUGGACGUCGACAAUCAAAUUGCCAAACUGAUGGUUGAGUUGUCACGAAGUCAAGACUAUGAAAUUGGUGAUGGGACAACCGGGGUUGUUGUCAUGGCUGGUGCCCUCUUGGAACAAGCUGAACGGUUACUCGAACGUGGUAUUCAUCCUAUCAGGGUCGCAGAAGGCUAUGAAAUGGCCUCAAGAAUAGCUUUUGAACAUCUGGAGCGCAUAGCAAAUAAGUUUGAGUUUGAUGCGACCAAUAUUGAGCCAUUGAUACAGACCUGUAUGACUACUUUAUCAUCCAAGAUUGUCAAUAGAUGCAAACGUAGUAUGGCUGAAAUUGCAGUCAAAGCCGUUCUUUCUGUUGCGGAUUUAGAGAGAAGGGAUGUCAAUUUGGAUUUAAUCAAGGUGGAAGGUAAAGUGGGUGGGAAAUUGGAGGACACAGAACUAAUCUAUGGAAUUAUUGUUGACAAGGACAUGAGUCACCCACAAAUGCCGAAGGAGAUAAAAGAUGCAAAAAUUGCCAUUUUGACAUGCCCUUUUGAGCCGCCGAAGCCAAAGACCAAGCAUAAGGUUGACAUUGACACAGUGGAGAAAUUCCAAAACCUCCGACAGCAAGAGCAGAAGUACUUUGAUGACAUGGUUCAGAAAUGCAAAGAUGUUGGUGCCACCCUGGUUAUUUGUCAAUGGGGUUUUGAUGAUGAAGCAAAUCACUUGCUUAUGCAUAGAAACCUGCCUGCUGUUCGUUGGGUUGGUGGCGUAGAGUUGGAGCUAAUUGCUAUUGCCACAGGGGGCAGAAUUGUGCCAAGGUUUCAGGAAUUGACGCCAGAAAAGCUGGGACAGGCAGGAUUGGUUAGAGAAAAAGGAUUUGGUACCACAAAAGAUCGCAUGAUUUACAUUGAGCAUUGUGCAAAUUCCAGGGCUGUGACUAUUUUCAUUCGUGGUGGUAACAAGAUGAUGAUUGAGGAAACAAAGCGCAGCAUUCAUGACGCUUUAUGUGUUGCUAGGAAUCUUAUCCGCAACAACUCCAUAGUAUAUGGAGGUGGUUCUGCUGAGAUAUCUUGCUCAAUUGCUGUGGAGGCCGCUGCUGAUAAAUAUCCGGGAGUUGAGCAGUAUGCUAUACGGGCAUUCGCUGAUGCCUUGGAUGCUGUGCCAAUGGCUCUUGCUGAAAACAGUGGGCUCCAGCCGAUCGAGACUCUGUCAGCAGUAAAAUCCCAGCAAAUCAAGGAAAAUAAUCCUUGCUGCGGUAUUGAUUGCAAUGAUGUGGGCACAAAUGAUAUGCGUGAGCAAAAUGUCUUUGAGACCUUAAUUGGGAAGCAACAGCAGAUAUUGCUUGCCACCCAGGUUGUUAAGAUGAUCCUCAAGAUCGAUGAUGUCAUCUCUCCAUCAGAUUAUUGA